AUGCCAGCCAUCUUCGAUCAUCAUGUUCUUCCGGUCGGGAAUGAGCAAAAGGUGCAGCUUAAUGCCUUAGCCAAGGACCAAACUGCCGCCUCCCGCGAGCUUCCCAGCACCGCCGAUUGCGCAUCACAUUUAAGGCUCCUUGAGGCCUUCGUUGCCCUGCGAAGAAGCGUGGAGCUGCUCGCCGAAGAGGCAAACUUGACCGCUGAACAAGGCUGGGACCUCUACUGCAAGCGGGCGGUGUCUCGCUUUGAGCGAUGGGUCGCUGAUGUUCAAGGUGGGGAAACGACAGAGGGGGCACCGAUUGACGUGGUGAUGGCAUGGCACGCUCUCAUGCUGCACCCUAAAGCAUAUGCCAGAUUUAUCGAGCUCGGCGGUGGUCUCGGUCUAGAUGGGCUUGACUGGUCUGGAGUCUCGAACACCAUCGGCAUUGACAUCACCUUGGAAAGAUGUCUCGGCUUGAUCGAUGCCAAUGGCACUCUUGGCUCCCUGGUUUGCGAAGCCAAGGAAUCCACUGGUGUCUUCAACCUAAGAUCGGCUGCCGGGUCUACCUUGUUCUCUUAUGACCUUGCCGCUGCAAUCAACCGCCAGUUCGACUUCUCCGUGAAGAUGUCCCGCUACGCCUGGUCGCGCUCUCCCGCUGCAGAAGCCACUCUCGCACAAUCUAUCAAUCGCUACCGCAACUUCUUCCAUCUCAUCGGCGCACACCCUGGUACGGUUAUGGUACCGACGCUCGACAUCGAUCUUGUCUGGCAUACCCACCAGCUCUCGCCUCUCCGCUAUCGUGCAUACUCUAAGAAGAUGGCCGGACGUCUGAUCGAUCACGAUGAUGAGAUCAGCGCGGACCGAUUGCAAGAGCUCUCAACAGACAUGCAGGGUCUUUGGCGACAGGAGUUCGGAACGGAAUACCAUAUUGUGGCAGCCAUGCCACAACAUGCUGUCCUCCAAGUGAAGACGCUGGCGGCUGUGGAAGCGGUUGUGGCGGUGGAUGCGGUGGUGGUGGAGGUGAACCAAUUUUCCUCCAAGUUAAGAAUGCGCGCUUCAGUCAUGGUUGCUGCAGCCUGUGCCGCUUCUUCCAGUGCCUUUGCGGUCCCCCGUGACGAGGAUCCCGCCUUCGCCUGGCAAGCCCCUGACGCCUCUGUCAAGCGCUCUCCUUGCCCCAUGCUUAACUCCCUCGCGAACCACGGCUACCUUCCCCGCGAUGGCAAUGCCAUCACAAUGGACAACCUCAUUUCCGGCCUCGGCAAGGCGCUCAACUUCAACGAGUCUUUGGUUCGCACACUGGGAACCCCGGCCUUUGCUACGUCGACUACCGGCAACCCCAAUACCUUCAACCUCGAUGACAUUGCCAAGCACAACGUCAUUGAGCACGAUGGCAGCUUGUCCCGCGCUGAUUUCGCAGUGACCGGCGAUGCCAAGACUUUCAACGAGACCGUCUGGGCCGAGACUUCGGGGUAUCUCGCGGAGGGUGCCAAGUCGACGGAGAACAAGGUCAACGUCGCGACUAUGGCCACAGCGAGAAGCAAGAGAAUCGCUACGGCCAAGGCUACGAAUCCUUCUUUCAACCUCACAUCCAGCCAGGUCACCGUCUCUCUGGGCGAGUCUGCAGUCAUUCUGGGAACCAUUGGAGGAAGCUUCACGUCGCCUGCUGCGCCGUUGGACUGGCUCAAGAUCGUUUUCGAGCAGGAGCGUCUGCCCUUCAAGGAGGGUUUCAGCACUUCCGCUGAGGUGAUUACCACGGCGCAAGUCCUUGGACUGUCCCAACUCAUUGCUACUAGCAGUACCUAA